GGUGAAUGUAUAGCGGCGUACUCAGAGUACUGUAGCAUAUUAUGUAGGCUGCUAUGUAUCUGAGUGUGUUAUUUCAAAAGUACGCUAAUACACAUAUGCGGAGUGAUGUUACGUGUGUUUUUCAUCGAGCACAUCCGUACGAUCAUCGUGGAGGUGGCUACGGAAAAAGAUGGGAAACAACGUUGCAGUGGAGGAGCUGAAUGCUUGUGAGAGCCAUCAGUGGUAUCGGAAGUUCAUGACUGAGUGUCCAUCCGGACUACUGACAUUUUACGAAUUUAAACAAUUCUUCGGGCUGAAGAAUUUAACAGAAUCAUCCAACGCCUACGUCCACACCAUGUUCAAGACAUUCGAUAUGAACGACGACGGCUUCAUCGACUUCAUGGAGUACGUGGCAGCACUGAGUCUGGUCCUGAAGGCGGGGGUGGAGAAGAAACUGCGCUGGUACUUCAAGCUGUACGAUGUGGACGGGAACGGCUGCAUCGACCGCGACGAACUGCUCGUCAUCAUCAAGUCCAUCCGUGCCAUCAAUGGAACGCAUCUGGAUAUGACCGAUGAAGAUUUCACCAACAUGGUGUUCGACAGAAUUGACAUCAAUGGUGAUGGUGAGCUGUCUCUAGAGGAGUUCAUGGAAGGUGUUCAGAAUGAUGAGCAGCUCUUGGAAAUGAUGACCAAGAGCCUGGAUGUGUCCCAUAUUGUGAAAAAGAUCCAAGGGGAGAUUUCUGCAAAUUUCUGAUCCCACCAGCAGCAAACGUCACCUGUGUGCCUCACGGACAGUAAGGGAAGGAGGGGACAGUUCUGCUGCCUCAUUCUGGUACUCAGAGUCAGUCAGCCCUAGAUGAUGUCAUCACCAUGCAUCAUAUUGGAGGAGCUGUGCAGGACUCUGUAGCUGCACAGGGACAAAAAAUGGCCACCAAUUUGCCUCAUUUGGGGCCUGCCCAGCAGGACUACAUGAUUAUCCACAUUACUGUGAAAUGUUUGUAGUUUGUGCUGAACCUGCACGUUAACCUCAUAGGAACAUGCUACAGCCAAAGUCUUACAGUUCAAAUGCUUGAUGGAUUUAGCUGGUUUGUAGCUUCAGAGGAAAACAUGCUUGUUUUAUUCCAAAUAUGCAUUGCAUGAUCUGUAGCCAUGUAAAGAGGGUAAAAUUUGAUACCAAAAUGACUUUAAAAUAUACCAAAAAUAAUGCAUCUUUGUUAUAAUUUUUAAAUGGAACUGUGUUGUGCAAACCCGCUCCCCUCCCUGUUUUUUUAUUUAAUGCUCACUCAGUGAGUCCUGUGUCUCGAGUUGGUCAUAUACUAGCAGUGUUUAAGGGCUCCCAGGAUCUUUGCGUGUGUUGAUUAAAUUUAAACUUUUUAUUUUGACACGUUUGACUUUAAAUUCUUUGAUUACAUUUUGGAAAUAAAGGAUAUAGCAAAUCUU